AUGGAGAAGUCGCCAACAACCCACGUCGAGUAUGACUCAUCCAACGCACACUCGAAUGGUGGAGAUGCCAUUACACGAGUGCCUACUCAAGGCAAGGACGCAGUGGUAGGAACUGUAAGGCUGUUGCUGGGCAAUGAGACAGUUCUCUUGCCAACACCCUCCCCGGAUCCAAAAGACCCUUUGAAUCUCCCAGCAUGGAGAAAAUGGUCGAUUCUCAUCCUAAUCAGUGUGUUUGGAUGCUCCUGUGUCAUCCUCGCCUCAGGACUAGGACCAAUCUUCUCAGUCAUCCGAGCCGAUUACCCAGGCCAGGAGCUCAAAGCCAAUGAUCUGAUGGUCUAUCCCACCUUGUUCAUGGGAAUUGGAAAUGUCCUUGCCAUGCCCAUUACAGCCGUCAUCGGUCGACGACCUAUAAUCCUGCUCAGCAUGGUCACCUUGGUCGUCUCAUCAAUCUGGUGUCAGCACUCAGGAAGUCUCGGCAGCCAUAUUGCGGGUCGAAAUGUAAUGGCACUGGCAGCGGGACAAAGCGAGGCACUCUUGCCAAUGAUGAUCCAGGAGAUAUUCUUCCUUCACGAGCGCGGACGCAAGCUCGCCUGGUUCGUCUUCCUGGAGAAUUUCCUGGUUGGCAUCUUCUUCUUCACUUCCAAUUAUAUGGUCAGUGCUUGGGGAUGGAGGGGCUGGUACGCAUUCUUUGCUGCCUUCAACGGCCUCAUCCUCCUCUUCUCCAUAUUCCUUCUGUUGGAGACCCUGUUCAUUCGCCCAGAUGACGCGAGUACUGGGCAAGUCCAUCUGACGCUGAAUGACGUGGGUAAGGUGGACGAGGAAGGCGCAAACGAGCUAGUCUUCCGUGUCACCACAAAGGACAAGGACUUCCUCGAACCCGAAAAAUAUGGUGUCCGCACGUGGCGUACCGAUCUCAGGCUGUGGAGGAAAAUUGACAACUGGGCUCAGGUCUCAUACUUUUAUCUCGAUUUUCUCAAAGGCAUCGUCCAUCCGAUUUUCUUCUGGCUCCUCCUACUGAACGGCGCUUACCUGGGACUUUAUAUCUACCAGGCUUCGACGUUCGCAACGAUACUGAUGUCUCCUCCAUUUUCCUUCAAGUUCAAUAGCCUGGGUUACGUCCAAGGAGCUCAGAUCCUCUGCUGCUUGGUCUUCUUGCCGUUGCUAGGUUAUGCAGGAGACCAUCUCAUUCGGUUCCUCAGCAAACGGAAUGGUGGCGUUUACAAACCAGAGUAUCGUCUGCCAUCAUUGGCGUUACCAGCAAUCGCUGGUGUUAUCGGUGCAUUCAUGUACGGUCAAACUGCCGCACAUCCUGAAAAAUACCACUGGUUAGGUGUAGCCCUCAACUACAACAUCAUCUUCUUUGCCUUCUUGGGCGCCAAUCAAGUCGCCCUCACGUACGCGGUGGACAGCUUCCCGCUCAAAGCCGGCCCUCUGCUUGUCGUCGUUUGCGCUGGCAGAGGUUUCAUCUCAUUCGGUAUCGGGUAUGCUGUUCUUCCAUCAAUUCAGGCCAUUGGAUAUGACGGGUCCAUGAACGUGGUUGGCACUAUCUGUGCGGUGCUUGCGGUAGCUGCCAUCCCCAUGUACUACUUUGGUCCGACUUUCCGCAAGCUGGGUCAGAAUUACUAUGGGUUCGGCGCCUCAAAGGAGCACGCUAAUGGCGGGUCUGGUCACUGA